AUGAGUGUCGACAUGGUGCAAGACGGCCAGGAUGAGGAGAAUUCGGCAUAUGGUGACUGUGAGGGUCCGGAUGCCAUGUAUGUCAAGCUGAUAUCAAGCGACGGGCAUGAGUUUAUCGUCAAGCGGGAGCAUGCCUUGAUGUCAGGCACAAUUAAAGCCAUGUUGAGUGGCCCCGGCCAGUUUUCAGAAAACGAAACAAAUGAAAUCCACUUUAGGGAGAUACCAUCUCACGUUUUACAAAAGGUCUGUAUGUACUUUACAUACAAAGUUCGUUAUACAAACAGCCCAUUCGAGAUUCCAGAGUUCCCUAUUCCACCACAAAUCGCUUUGGAACUUCUGAUUGCAGCCAACUUUUUGGAUGUUGAGUAA